UCUAAGUUAUCUAUUACACUAUUUAAGAAAAUUGUUCAAAAUAUGAAUAUUCGUACAACAUAAAAAAUGAUAGCAACGUAAUAAAAGCGGAAACCGCAAACCACUGACGUCUAAUUCGAUCGAGUCGAGGCAAGCCAUGAUAAAACGAUGCACGAGUUUGGAUAAAAUAAAUUUACGAAUAUACAUAUAUGUAUAUCUCGAAUUUACAACUGUAAAUUCCCGAUGGUAUAUAAUUGACAAAUCGCGCGAGUGGCUGCCCAUGUGAAACUCGACGAUGAAGAUAUUUCUCGUGUAUUUCCUGAGGACUGGCGAGCGAUCAGGAUCUCAACCCGACACAAUCGUCGCGGUUGACGCGAUGCUUCAGCCGGUUUGUUUGCGAGCGUCAGCAACCUGGGUCAAAAUUCGUUCGCCACUUCCUCCAGCGACGCGUUCAUCAGCAGCCAAGCAAACGGUAAUUUCGGCGGAAUCGCAGGUGCAGUCGCAAGUGGCUGCACAGACGAUCGGACAUGGAGACUCUUCGGCGAGCGCCAACGCGGUCGCGAUUUUAACGGGUCUCCUGCAGGAAAAUGACGGAACUUACGUGAACGUAGAUGCGUUGGCAAACAUCUUAGAUACCCUGUCGAAGACGCAGACUUCGGUGGAGUCAAGCGUGAAUAGCUCCGUCAGGCGGAAAUUCUACGUGAGGAAUUACUCGUCUUCCUUGUCGUCGUCGUCGUCUUCGUCCUCGUCGUUCAGCAGCAGCAGUUUAUCGUCGAAAUCGGGAGCUUCAACGGAAUCCAAUACCGAAUUGAAGAUUAUCGCCAAGACAGAAGCCAAGGCCGCUUCAAAGGCAGUAGUAGCCGCUCAAGCGGUGGCGCAAGUUCAGGCGAAGGCGACCGCCCGCGCCGAAGCGGAAGCCACGGCGGUGAUUGCAGCGGAGGCGCGAGCGAAAUCAAAAGCGAAGGCGGAGGCUGAGACACGAACGGAAACGGAAGUAGCGUCAGCGUGUACCGAGGCCAAGGCCAAGGCCGAAGCAGUGGCGAAGGACGAGGCCAAGGCUAAAGCUGAAACAAAAGACGAGCUUAACGCGAAAGCGGAAGCCAAGGCGCGUGUCGAGGCGGAAGCGCAAGCUGCAGCAUCCGCGCGCGCUGUAGCGGAAGCACGAGUUCAAAAAAAAUUUUUUUUAUUGGAAAAAUUUUACACUUUUAUAAUCGCGAAGACGGGUACUUCUCGAAAUUUACUAUUUGAAAUUUAG